AUGUUUUCCAACAACGACACCUCUUCACCUCCCAACACGAAACAAUCCUCGUCUCUUCGAACUCUUUUCACACCAACCUCUUCAAAUGCCAAAUCAAGUAUUGCUUCGAAAUCCUCUUCUUCGAUCGGAACACAUUCAGGAGGACUUGUUCAUUCCCUAGGAAAAUUUGGAAUGGCCAUUCAACAUCAACAUUCGUUAAAUCAACGUUCGUUGUGUGUUGGAGAUUUAAUUUCAAUUUAUUAUCAAGGAGAUGAUGAAAAUAAUGAUAAUAAUAGUGGCGGAAAUCAUUCCUCGUCGGAUGACAUGUCUGAUGAAAUUGGUUUUAUGAGUGUGAAGGGAUUUACCUCCAAUGCUCGAUGUGGUUUGGAAGACAUUUCCGAUGAGAAUUUACCUUCGAAUUUUAAAUCCUGUGUCUUUGUGGUUCAACAAGCAUAUUCCUACAAUGCACACAAAGAGUUUUAUCAAAAAAUCGAACAACUCAAUCUCAAAAUCAAAUCCAUGAAUCAAACCAAAACUUCCACUUCAGGCGCUUCGUCUUCGAAUGUGAAUACCACAACAGCAGCUGGAAAUGCAUCAUCUCCUUCUGGAAAUGUCACAAAUGGUAAUAAUUUAACAUCGGCAACGACUUCUACCAUUCCUGCUGGUAUUGUUCCUCCCAAUGCUUCACUUACUGGAAUUAUUAAGGGUGAUUUAAAUACAAGUAGUACACAAUUAACACUUGGAAUGAGUGAGAGUGUUGUGGGUGGAGAUACUCACUCGAAUCGUGUGCUAUCGAGUUCACAUGGUGCCAAUUUUGGACAAGCAGCUUCUGUGAAAACUUUUAUUCGUUCGCAUCAAUUUCACUUUUUGGAUCUGACAGAAGAACAACGAGCUCAAAUUGAAGAUUUGGAACGAAAAAUGGAACGUGAAAAACAACAAAAUAUGAUUGAAUCGGAGAGAAAUAUGGGAAGAGAGAUUUUAUAUGGACAACCCAUUCAAUUAAUGCAUUUGAAAACAAAGAAAUAUUUGUGUGUAAAUCCAAGAGAAAAAGCUGAAAAGCAAAAAGAUUGUCUCAAGUUAACACUUGUUUCAGAAGAAUCUAUUAAUUCAACAGCACAUUUUUUGGUGCUACCCUAUUACAAGUUUAGAUCUGAAGGAGAUGCAGUCAAACUGAGUGAUCAAGUUCGAUUUUAUAACAGGAAAAGCAACACGUUUCUUCAUUUGGGUCGAUUUAAAUAUUCCGAAUUAUUACCCUCUCAAUUAUCUACUAAUUCACAAAUGAGUUCAAUAUCUGCUCAAUUAACAGUCGAUGAAGACUCACGAAAAGAAAUUCACAUGAUUCCUGGCACUUCAUUCACAUCUUCAUAUUCGAGAACAAAUUGGAGAAUUCGAUUAUUUUCUCAAUAUUUGGGAGUGAAUUCAAAUACUUUGAAAGCAGGUGACGUGAUUCGAUUAUUUCAUACCGAAUUGAGAAGUUUUCUCACAGUGAAUACAAAAUCUGGACGUGUCGAGUGCAUUGGUCAUUCGAAAUCUCACUCUCAUUCCUCAGGAAGUAGUUCACAAGGUGAAAAACAUAAUUUACCUUUCAAGUCCAAAAAAUCCAAUGAAGUGAAUGAAACUCCAAGUAUCAUUGACAAAUUUUCGAGUCAAACCGAUACUCUGUGGGAAGUUGAAAUGUUGGACCCCACUCGAGGUGGUGCCUUAAUGUGGUAUGGAAAGUAUCGAUUGAAACACAUUUCAACAGGAAAGUAUUUAUAUGCUACCAAUGAUUCGAGACAAUUUUUGCAAAGUGAUCAAGAUGAUUCUGGAUUGCUGUUGGAUGAUUCUACACUGGAUGAAGAUGACGAUGAAUUUGGAGUUUCUGGUGCAUUCUUUUCCAAACUUUCCAAUCGUGUGAAAAAAACGACAAAACCAGCUGUCAUAGAUCAAAACAAAGAUUCACACCAUGACCCACUCUCGAAAUCUUCUGUUUACAAUGAUAGCAGUGCUUCUCUUUCUUCCUCUGUCUCAACUCCCUCUGCUUCUUCAAGUCUCAACUCAACCGAUCAUUUAUGGAGAUUAUUGAAGAAAAAAUUACUGAGCUCUGUGAAAAAGGAACAAAUUGGUGUCUCUCUGCAUUUAGCUGUGAAGGAUGAUUUGGGUUCUGAAGAUACCACUUUUAUCAUUCUACCUCACGACGCCUCAUCAGCAUCUUCAGCAGCACAACACGAUCCAGCACUUUCAACUCUUCAUACUUAUCCAAUUCCAUUACAGAGCUAUUUCCGUCUUAAACAUGCACACACACAAACAUGGGUUCAUGGUGUUCAUAGUGAGAGUGGAGUGGGUUCCAGUUUGAUGCGAGCGGAUGAAACCGAUUCUGUGAGUGACAAACAGUCAGCAGCAGUCACGACAAAGACCGAUGUUAAAAAAAAGGUUAAAAAGAGUGGCGCUAGAAAUACCUAUCCUCUCUAUUCCACCAAUGUAUUAUAUGAACAAGAUGUCUUUUCAGUCUAUCGAGUCCCACAACAAGAAUUGGAAGAUUUAUUGUUUGUACAAAGUAUCAUUCCAAUGAUUGAGAGUUUUUCAAAGAAAGUGAAAGGAAGAGUGAUCAAGAGACCAGAUGAUUUUAAGGUUCUCAUGCAAACACUAUUACCAGCCAUUUCACAAUUGAUUUAUUUCUUGACAGAUUCUGACGAGGAAGAUCCAUUGAAAAGAGAAGGAAUUCCUUUCAAGAGUAGACAAAACAUUCUUCGUGAGCGUGGAAUUAUUGACAUGAUUAUGCAAUUGAUUGAACAAUUGGUCGAUCAAGUUCCAGAAAUGGUUUCUUCUGGUUCUUCUGGUGAUACACUUUUGAAGGUUGUUUUACAUCAAAGUGAUUCUGCAUGGACUGAAUCUGAUUUGGCUUCCUAUCACUACUUGAUUCGUAAUUUAUAUCGAGUAAUUAAGCAAUCAGUCAAGUUGAAUACUGAAAACGGAUUAUACAUGGCCAAAUACAUUACUCAAAUUCAGCAACAUAUCAAAUUGGAUGUCGGAGCAAGUGUUGCCUUAAUUGAAAUUUUAACAAAUAAUUACAAUUUACUUGUUAGAAUGCCAAAAGAACAAAUCAAGUACUUUGUGACUCUUCUCGUCGAUGAGGAAGAGAAUAUGACCAUGUACGAUGAACCACUCUCAUCUCCAAGAAAGUUAUUGAGUCCAAGACUUCCGGGAAGUCCCUCUCCAAGAAAAUCCUCAACAUCCAAGCAACAAGAAGAAAUUCAAUUGGGAGAUGGAGAUACCAAUGCAGCAGAUGAACAAUAUGUGAGUGGAAAGAAUUCUAUUUACUUGUCAUUCUUGAGUGCGUUGUGUGCGUGUGGUAAUAGACCUAUUAAGAAUAAUCAAAAUUUCAUUACCAAGUUACUUUUUGAAGAUGAACGUGUGAAUAACGCUCUCAUGUUUCCGUAUUUUGCAGACGAAAACACAAAAUCAAAGAUUUGCAUGAAAGUGAAUGGAGCAGAAUAUGAAUUGGCAGAAUUUGUUUCGAAAGCUCUCGUUCAGAUCAUGUCUGCCAAUAGUUCGACCAUGUUCGAUGUUCAGGAUGACUUUGUCGUGUUGUUAUACUUUUUCCAGAAACAAAUUGAAUUAUUUUCACUCUUGUGUUUGGGACGGAACAAGCAAGCUAUUGAAUAUGUCGAAAAGAAAUUCACCUAUGAACUUGUUUUGGCAUGUAUCAAAGAUAAGCGAUUGACCUUUGAGUUGAGAUCGAGUUUUUGUACACUCUUACUGAAUUGCUUUUUAGAUGUCGAUCCCUAUGAAACCAAUCCAACAGUGUCACUUACAAGAAAAUGGACAGAAAUUGAAAAGAUGAAAAAGAAUCAAGAUGAAAAGAGACUCAAAGAAUUGAGAUCUUUUUUGACAGAUUUCUUUAAAGAAAAUUAUGAACUCGAUUGUGGAAAUGACAUUACCAGUAUUCAAAAGAAUAUUUUCAUGUAUAAUUUAACAUUCAUGACACGAAAAAUGUUUGAACUUGGAAUGUUUGAUUUGUCAAAUAUUUAUCCAACACACAGAGUGGUCGUUGAGUUAUUGAAAGUGUUAGAUUGCUCUUCUGACAAGUUGAACGGAAAGCCAGCUCUUGAUGCCAUCUAUGAAGAGAACGAACAGACACUCAUUACCACCAAAAUCAAACAAGAAGUUUGCAAUAUUUUUGACAUUAUCAAGUCACAACAGUUGAAUGUUCGUGUUGACUUUUUCUUGAUCAAUUUCAAGUACAGCUUUACAGUGAGCGAUAAGAGUGUGAGUGACGACAAACGACAAGACUUUGUGAAAAAUUCACUUUUCAAAGAUUCCAUUUUCAAUGACAGUGCUUCUAUCGAGACGCUGACAAAGGUCUUGAUUGAUUUGACAAAAUCUAAAAAUGCAGAAUUAGCUGUGAAAUCUCUCAAUCUCUUGAUUCGUAUUCACAGAGAGAAGGAAGAGUUGAAGGAAUUGUUGCCAAAAAUUGAAUUACUUGUUUCUUCUACUGUGAUUCGAAGUUACGACAAUAUUCUUGAAAUUCUUAAAGAAAUUAAGAAUUUGAUUGAUUUGGCUCAGUUUGCAUCAGGAAGCUCUCUUGAAGAUUAUUCCAAGCUCAUUCAACAACAUUUCGAACGCAUUGAAGAAGAUUACGAAAAGAAUGGUUCUCGUACUCAAAGAAUUUUGAGAAAUUUGAUUGGUCACGAAAUUGCCAUUGAAACUCUAACCAAAACAUUCGCAGACAAUCGCUGUCAAGGAAGAAUUCACAGAUCAUGCGUUCGAUUUUUAAUUAAUUUUGUGAAAAAGAAUAACGAGAAUCAAGCUAUUCUGUUUCCAUACUUGGAAUUUUUCAUGUCCAAAAUUGGACAAGAAUUGGGAGUAUCCACUCUUCUUUGUGAAAUUAUGAGAAACAAUAGAGGACUGUGUAGCAUGAUUGAAGAAAAGCAUGUGAGAACAAUGAUUGAUUUAAUGGCAGAGCAUGGCUUGAAACCUAGAUAUUUGAACUUUUUAAAAAUCAUUUUGAACAAUACGGAAGGAAAUCCUAUUAAGAGAAAUCAAUCAUUGGUGACACAAAAUUUAUUAGAUCGUAGAAAGGAUGUCAUUGUUCUCUUUAAUGACGAGGAAGGUAUCAAAGAAAGAGAUCAGAGAAUCAAAAAUUUAGAACAUGAAAAUCAACCAGAUGGAAUUUUAUGUUAUCACAUUGAAUUGUUGUCACUGUUGGCAGAAUGUGGUGACGGUCGAAAUCAUGUCGCAGAGGUGAAACUUCAAUCAUUACUUUCGAUGGAAGAUAUUUUAAAACAAUUGUUGAGUCCUAACACAAUUCCUGAAUUGAGAAAUCCUUUACUACGUUUUCUCGAUGAAGUUUACAUCAAUGCAGAUAAGGUUCAAGAUGAAAAGCAAAUGUCCAGCAGUGCACCUAUUUUCCGUCUCAUUGCCAAAAUGACUCGAGAGUUGGGAUUAUUUGUCACUUCUCCAAAUUUGAAUAGAAGAAGCACUGAAAUUACACUCGACUCGAUUUCAACUCCUACCGAUCAUGCACCUACGAAAUCAGCUGGUAAUGCUUCCAUUCACAAUAGAACAACGACUACCGAGUCACAAGAUUCCAAUCCUUUAGAACUUGUUAAAUCUUCCUUUGUUUUGAAAUGGAAGAAACCUCUUGAUGGACAAGAUGACUCAUCAUUAACUUCGUUUGAUAAGGAUGAAAAGCUUUAUGUGGACUUGAAGUACAUUUUCCAAUUAAUGAUUCCAUUUGUUCAUCACUAUUUCCAUUUGAGAUUCCCUCCCAAUGAUUUUUCAUGUGAACCUCAACAAUUGGAAGUAAUCAAACAUCUCAUUGAAAGUUUAUUCAAUUUAUAUGAUCAUGUCACAGAAACAUCUCAAAAAGAAGCAGUCAUCAAGUGUUUACAAGCCAUGUGUAAAGUCAGUAAGGGAGGAAAUCAAAACAAGUCCAUGCCUCAAGAAUUCACACAAGAAAUUUUCAAAUUCCUAAAAGUAGCAUCCAGUUCAAAAGCUACUCAAUUUAAACAACACAUGAUGCAGCAUCAGAGACUCAAACAAUUGAAUUCACAACAACAACAACAACAAGGCAAUAACAAGAAGGAAGAUGAAGAUGAAAGAUACAUGAAAAAGUACAAACUCUAUGUUUCUGACUUUCUCAUCAUUCUCACACAAGAGUCGAAUUUUGCAAAUUUAGGAGUUUUACUUUAUGAAAAAUAUAGAGGAUAUUUGGAUAUGAUUGUCAAUGUCAUUCGUAGAAUUCCAGAACUUCAUCAUUUCAACGUGACUGCCAACAUGACUGAGAGUAACAAAUCAUUGGUCAGUUUAGGUCAACGAACAGGAAUGACCAAUGUCACACUCUACUCUCUCGAAAUGUUAAAACAAAUUAUGGACACUCAACAAAAAGGUGAUGAAAAAUAUUCUCCAGAACAACGUUUGAGAAAAUUGAACAAAUUCCAUCAUGAUCUGACCAAAGCGAAAAUUCCUGAACUCAUUAUUGAAAUGGUUUGCAUGGAUGAUCAUAAAAUUGUAAAGUCUGCAAUUGAGCUUGGAAUUGCAAUGCUCUUUGAAGGAAACAAUAUUGUCCAAGGUUAUAUUUAUACCUUGUUCAAGAGAGGUGGUUCUGAGAAAUUCUUCCUUUCCAUUCGUGACAGAAUUCGAUUAUCCAUUGAUGAAAUUAAAGAAAGAAAAGCUUAUCAUAAGAGAUUGGAAGAAAAGAAACAAGAUUACAAGCAAGCAAGAGCUCUUAAAUUGCGGGCAAGAGGAGAUCCUGCAGCGUUGAACACUAUCAAUGCAGCAACAUCCGUCUCUACACCCUCCACCGAUCGAAAUAAGCAUUCCUCGAUAGGAGGCACUGGUAGUAGUAGUGGUGGUGGGACUGGAACUGAUGAUUUUUCAUCUGACAAUCAUCAAAACGAUGGCGAUGAUACUCAAGACGUAUUCGAAGAAAAGGGACAUAUUGAGGAAAUUUUACGUUUUCUUCAGUUAAUGACAGAAGGUCACAAUGCUGAUUUGCAACAUUAUUUGGCAGAACAAAAGUAUAACCUUCAAAGUGUGAAUAUUGUUGAAGAAUGUUUGAAUUUUAUUGUGGCACUCGAGAAGGACAUUACCAGUGAAAAUAUUGAAACAGCCAUUCAAUGUUUUGAUUCUUUAACUGAAUUUGUUCAAGGCCCAUGCUUGACCACUCAACAAGUGAUUGGAAUGUCACCAAAAUUUUAUUUUGUAUGCAAUGAAAUUCUGUCCAAAGAUUAUCGAAAUGUGUUAACACUGGACAAGACCUUGGAGUUGAAAAGUGCCAUGUUUAUUUGCUUGACUUCAUUAUUAGAAGGAAGUAAUAAUCACAAAAUUGCCAUGAUCAUGCGUGAUUCUUUGAAUUUCACAGAUGUCAUUGAGUUGGCUAAAAAGUGUUGCAUUAUUUCAUUUGCUCCCAAUGACUUUUUGGAAGAAGGAAAAAAGGGUCUACCUAAAUUAGAUCUCAACACUGGCGCUCGAGAAGAGAUGGCCUCCCGUAUUCAAUCCGAAGUCACUCAUGAUGGUUUCAGAGAUAAGGCACUCAAUAAGGAAAAAGCAAGAAGAAUUACACUCGCUACCAAUCAACACGAAGAAAUUGCAUUCGAAAUUUACUUCUUGUUGAACACUUUGGCUGAUUUUGAACGCAUUCAUAUUGAAGAUGUUUCCAAGUCACAACAAUUAGCUGAAACGAGUCAUCGAAGAAUUACACAAUUAUUGGAAUCUCCUGAAUAUGCAAGAUACCUUGUUCCGCUCGAAAAACAAACAGGUCGAAUGGAAAUUGUAAGAAACAACACUCUCGAAAAUGUCUAUUAUCGUAUUCCAGAAGAGAGUCGAUUUUUAUCCGAUCGUUCUAAAAAGAAUUUUGUGAACACUGUAAACUCUGAAGAGUAUACAGCUCAGGAAAAGAUUCGAAACUUUUUCGAUGAAACUCACACCUUCUAUACUGAAAUUGAUCAUUACAAACAAUUUGAAAGAACACCUGAAAAAACAAGUACUUGGAAAAUUAUUCGAGGAUUUAUUUGGAGAUUGUUGAAAGAAGAAAAUUGGCAACGAAUCAAAAUGCUCAGUUUCGUCAUUGCCUUAAUUAUCAAUUUAUUCGUCUUGUUUGGAAUUAAGAAAAUGUAUUCUGUGACGCCAGGAGACAUUCCACUUCCUGGUUAUAGUGAUCCCAAUGAUGCCACGACUGGAACAUUUGUCUAUGAAGGAGAUUGGAAAACCGAAUGGUUAGAUAUUGUACAAACCAUAUUGGGAGUCAUUCAAAUUUUAACCACCACAUUACUUUUUAUUACCUAUAUUUACUUUUUAGCUACUUUGGAAGUUAAGAAAAAAUUCAAAUUGAAAAUGGAAGAGAAAUGGGAAGAUUUGCCGCGAGACAAACAUUUUUACAAAUCCUAUUUGAAAUAUUUAGCUCAAGAUUUUUAUAUUUGGUUUUUAGUUGUGUAUUGGGUCGUUUCAGUAUUGGGUCUCUUUUUAACUCCUAUUAUUUAUUCAAUUCACUUGUUUGAAGUAGUGGUUCGUUUUGAAACACUCUACGAUAUUGUGAGAAGUAUUCAAACGACGGCAGAACGUUUCGUAUUGACAAGCUUACUCAUGAUUGUUGCAAUUUGGUUCUUCUCAUUGAUGAUUUUUGCAUUCGUUCCAGAAACUUUCUUUUUGGAAGCAAAUCCACCGACAACGACUGAACGACAAUUUUUAUGUGACUCUGCAGCUGAUUGUAUGUUAAACACGCUCAAUUAUGGAUUGCGAACGGGAGGAUUCUUUGAAGAUCAAUUCACACCAAGUUGGGGAGUUUGGGCAAGAGAGGUCAUUAACAUGCUCUUCAUUUUAGUGGUCAUUGUCGUGCUAUUCGAAGUCGUGUUCGGUAUUAUUUUGGAUUCUUUUGCAGAGCUCAGAGAAAAUCGAGAAAAAACAGAAGAUCGUGUGAAAAACAAGUGUUUUAUUUGUGACAUUGUGAGAUCGAGAUUUGAUCAAAAAGCAAACGAAGGAAUUACUUUUAACAAUCAUAUCAAGAAGGAACAUAAUAUGUGGAAUUAUUUAUUUUUCCUAAUUUAUUUGAAAACGAAACCAAAAACAGAAUAUACUGGAUCAGAACAGUAUGUCAGUAAUUGUUUAGAGAGGCAAGAUGUUUCCUUCUAUCCAAUAUUGCGUUCCAUUACUUUGGAAAAUGUGGAAAACAAGUCAUCAAGAAUUCGAGAGGAGACAACCACUACUCUUCCUCAUUUCACAACAACAACAAGUAGUUCUCAUCUCUCCGGAUCUACGAGUAAAUAA